AACCAUUUUAGGGCUCUUAGCUACGCCAUGAGUCAUACUUAUAGGCAAAAUAUGAGUCCAAACCGAGAGUAUCACUUGGGGAGGUUCCCUCGUAAGAAAAACGUAAUGUCUAGAAAGAAGCAUAUCCGCCACAAAAUUGAAGUCUAUAUAUAUAUGUGUUUGAACAUGAGUGCACGAUGAUCUUAUCUUUACUCACAUUGGUAAGAUUAUUUGAAGAACUUCUUUCCAUAAGAAUAAAUUAUUUCGACAAUAUACGGCAGAAGAAAAAGAUGAUAACUUGGUUUGUGAACAAUAGAGUGAAGAAUGAAUGAACAUUGAAAAAAGUGAAUACAACAAUAUUUUUUUCUCUUUUCUUGUUAUAUUUCCUUAGAAAUAGUAAAGAAUACAUUGUUUUAUGUAUAUAUGAAUGCAUUGAGAAAUGCAUAUCCUAUAUGAGAAUAAUACGAAGAAGAAAUUAAAAGAAGAAUAACCUUAUCAAGGUCAAUACCACCAAGAUAAAUGUGAGUCUCAACAUAUGUUGACCUAUUGUACCAAUAAUCAUAUCACUCUCUUAUUCUCUUCUAUAUUCAUUUCUUUCUUUUUUCUAUACGUAUUUGCAAUUAACGUUCAUCAUGUGACGAUUUACUUGAUUCUAGACUACAGGAUUAGAAAGUAUUCGAUAUACGGAUAUAGUUGCAUGAUAAAAUAUCGAUAUUAAUGUUUAAUGAAAGGAGUAUACUAAUAAAAUUAAUAAUUAAUAAUAUGAUAAAUACAUCGUGAGCGAUCAUAGAAAUUAAAUUCGAAAAUUGUCAUUAAAGCCGAUCAAUUUACGGAUUUAUCGUUUUUGUCAUGAAAACUUUUUAAAGUGAAAAUAGUACGUAUAGAAUUAGACAACAAUACGAAUUUUUAAUCAUUAUUUUAAUGAUAUUUUCACUUAAGAAAUAUAAAUCACAGUAGUCAUCAAAUGUGAGUUGUCUUAAUCAUAAUCAUAUGCUAAAAUCAUUCACUAUUUCUACAUAAUUGUUAGAUCACAUUCUCACGUAUGAAUCAUUGAACAAUUAAUCAAACUAUUGAUUGUAACUUUUAAAGAUUUACUCCUUCGGUUAAUCUAAACUAUAAUGUGUAGAUGCGCUUUUUAGUCAUCUUAAUAGGCAUUUGUAAUAUAGUUCCAUAUGGUAACUAUGUUGCAGACAGGCAGGUACAAGUGAAUUCCAGCUUCUAGGUUCUUCUUGGCAACUUACAAUGUCAAAAAAUAUUAUUUCAAAAGAAUAAAUUUUUUUCCGUUGUGUUUGCACCAUCAAAACCAAUCAUUUUUUACCUAAAACAAAAUUAUCUAAAUCAUGUUCGAAUGUUUCUUGAUUAAUCAUCCCUUCCUUGAGUUAUAUUCGCCUGAUCAUUAUUCUUUAGAUUUUCUCAAUAAAUUUUAUUGAUUAUAUUAGUCCAUAGAAAUUUUUUUAGUUUUAAAAUAAAGACAAAAAAAACUCUAGUCUAUUCUAAAUUUAAAAUAAAUUGUGGUACGACUUUUUCCUUUAAGAUCAAUUUCUCCACGAAAUUCAAUUUUAUAUUUAUUUUUUAAAGCUAAAGCAACAUGUUCUGGAACUUGAAUUUGUCCUUGUAGACCAGUUGAAUCCAUUCUUGAAGCAACAUUAACAGUAUCAUCUCAUAUAUUACAAAAUAAUUUCGUUGUAUCAAUAACACCGGCUGUUAUGGACCAAAAACUUAAACCCAUUGGAAUUUGA